AUGGUCCAAAAUCAAAAAACACCGCUGCAACACAACUCAACAUUGUUUAUCUCGCCACAGAUAAUGAACAGGCGAAAAAACGUCUUCAUAACUCCCCCUAAUCCACAGAAUAAUCUAUUUGAAACACCAGGAUCACUGCUGUCUCUGUUUUAUAACAUCGACAAUGUUAGCGACAACAUCACCAAUGGCGCCAACGGAAAAGAGACCGCAUACCCAACAGAAGAGCCAUUGUCUCGUGCAGAGAAACUCCGCUUGUGGCGUCACGAUGCUUUAAUGCAACAUCACUAUGAUACUGCCGAGUACAUUGGUGACAAGAUUCUAUCGCUCACAAACGAUGCGAACGAUGCUUUUUGGCUAGCCCAGUCAUAUUUCAAUCGGGGAGAUUAUCUACGGGCAAAUCUGCUUCUCAACAGAGAGACGCAUUUCAUGCAAUCACUCAGUUGCCGCUAUCUUGCCGCUUACUCACUAAUCAAGUUGGAGAAAUGGGAUGAUGCACUUGAUGUAUUGGGCGAGACGAAUCCUUUCAAAGAUCACGUUUACAAAGUGAGAAAUACAGAUGGUGGUAUUCGUCUUGAGGCUUCUAUGUGCUACCUUCGUGGUCUUGUGUUUGCCAACCAAAACAACUUUGAAAAGGCCAAGGAAGCUUUCAAAGAGGCGAUCCUUGUAGACGUCAAGUGUUUUGAGGCGUUCAAUGAGCUUGUUUCUAAUAAUUACCUUUCACCAAGCGAGGAGUGGGAGUUAGCCGGUCAGCUUAACUAUGCGGAUGCAGAUGAUAAUGAUGAACUCAUUAAGCUUCUUUACACAACCAAGUUAAGCAAGUACUUGAACAACAAAAAAUUCGAAGAAGCAGAAAACAUACUAAGCGAAGAGUACAGGUUGGGUGACAACACGGAUUUGCUUCUUAGUAGAGCUGAUCUCCUAUAUAUCCAGUGCAAUUAUGACAAAUGCUUGAGUGUUUGCACAAAGGCUAUGGAAAAGGAUCCAUGCAAUUUGAGCUUGUUGUCCAACUACUUGAGCUGUCUUUACGAGCUUGGUGGAUGCAAUAAACUAUUCCUUAAAGCACACCAACUAGCAGAGUCACAUCCUACAAAUCUGCUUACAUGGCUGGCCAUAGGCAUUUACUAUCUUUCUAUCGGUAAAAUUAUUGAGGCAAGGAAAUUUUUCAGCAAAGCAACGAUGCUUAACCCAAGCAGCGGGCAGGCUUGGAUUGGAUUUGCCCAUACUUUUGCAUUGGAAGGAGAACAUGAGCAGGCAAUUAGUGCAUACGCCUUCGCUGCACGGUUAUUUCCUGGAACACAUCUUCCUAAUUUAUUCUUGGGAAUGCAACAUUUGCAAAUGAACAACGUUAACUUGGCAGAAGAAUAUCUUUUAGCGUCCUAUCAAAUUUGCAACACAGAUCCAUUGCUACUCAAUGAAUUGGGAGUGAUCAAGUACCACAAAAACUCAUUGCAAAAGGCUGAAUCCUAUCUACAAGAGGCGUUAGAUGCGGCCAAAUACCUUAACUCUGAUUCUCAAAUAUGGAUAUCCAUCCAUUGUAACCUUGGACAUGUCUAUCGCCGAUCAAACCAACCAUAUAAGGCACUCGAUUGCUUAAACCAGGCUUUCAAGCUUAGUCACAGGAAUGAUAGUAAUAUUCUUUCAUCAAUGGGGUUACUCUACUUGAAACUCGGUGAUACUUCAAAAGCGAUCAAUGUUCUCCAUGACGCAUUAGCAUUAUCGCCCGCAGAUCCAGUUGCGUCAGAUUUGCUCAAAAGAGCAUUGGAGUCGAACAAAGAUGUUUCUUCCUUCUUCCGUACCAAUGACUCGAAGACUUUAGACUUGCUGCUUGGCCGUUUCAUGCUGCGUGAAUUUUCGGGCAAGAAACAAAACCAAAUUCUAGACGCCAAUGUCUCUGCCAAUAAGUUGACGACUCCUUUAGGACACAGAAACAAUUAUGCAGAGAAAAUUUCAUUUGAAAACACGGCGGAUGUCUCUGUACUAGCAGAAGAGUUGAAGCGCGGGGAGGAAUCAAGUGGUGAAGAAAUCAUGGAUCUUGAAAGUGAUUGA